AUGAGUGAAACAAGUUUGAUAACAUAUUCUGAUAGAGAAAUGGAGUCAUCUCUUAAGGAUUUACUAGAGCGAAUAUUAAUGCAAUUGGAGAAAUAUAUAGAGACCAAAAAUGAUUUAAAUGAAAUUGAAAAAGAACUGAAAGAUUAUGAAAAUUUGACUUAAUUAGUAAAUAUAAUUAAAAUUAUCUUCACUAAUUUAAUGUUGAAGAUUGAAAGAAAAAUCCAGUAAGCUUUCGCAAUUAUGAAAGGAAAUUAGAAAAUAGUAUAGAUCCAAAUAUUUCGUAAAAAAGUAUAAGAACAGAAGAUGAAUAUGAAAAAUUAGAAUAAUCAGUUAUUAAAUAUGAGAGUGAGAUUAGAAAUCACAUUAGGGUAUAAAUUUUAGUAUUAAUUAAUCUUAGUUAGAAUAAUAAUUGAAAUUAUAUGCAGAAUCUAUCUAAUAAAAAUUAGAUGAAAGUGAAGCAACAAGAAAUGAAUUAUUAGAAACAACUAAAAAUAUUAUGAAUGUAUAUUAUAUUAAUAAUAUAUUAGAAUUUGAAAAGAGAGAAUCAAAAAUAUUAUGAAGAAAAUCAAUCUUAUCAAUUUGAAAUAGUAUCUCUCAAGGAAUAGAUUUAAUAACUAGAAUUUGAACAAUAAAAGAGAACUAUUGAACUUGAUCAUGUAGAUUAUGAAGUUCAGUAAAUAACUAAAAAUACUUAAUAAAUAAAAGGAUUGGUUUAAAGAAAACCAAAUUGUAAAGAAACGAAUAAGACUAAUUCAUAUUCAGAACAUAAAUUAAGUAGUUAAUUCUAAGAAAGCACUGACUAUCCUACAUAAUCAUAAGGGUCUUUGAAAUAGAACUAUUUCAAUAUUUUGUAAUAUGGAUAAAAUCAUCAUCUGUAAUCAUAAUAACAAUAAAUUAAUUUACAAUAGGAUUAAAUAAAAAGUUAUCAAAUAAAGCAUAAUUCUAUAUCAUCAAUUAAUGAUUUAAUACAAUAACAUAAUGCAAUUAAAAAUAUCAAAACACAUAUAGGAAAUUAUACAGCAUCAAAAAAUAAUUCUUAAAAUUCAAGUAUGUUACAGAAAAAUAUUCAUUGUAAAAAUAUUUCAUUUCAUCUUUUAUAGAAAGUAUUUAAACAUAACCAAGAAGUAGAAGUGGUAGUACUAAAAGAAAUAUUAAUCAAAAAUAGAAGACAUCUAUUCAUUAAUGAUGAUAGUUAUUAAAACAUUUUUGUAUUCAAUAUUUAACAUAAAUAAUAUAUGAUUAAGGCAUUUGCUUAGAAUUAUUUCAAAUCCUUAUCAGAAAACAUAUACUAUGGAUUUGCAACAAAGAUGCAAGCUAGUUCAACCUAAAAAACUAAGGAUUCUGCAGGUAGAAGAUUAGGAGUAAAGAAAUUUGGAGGAGAGGAAGUUUUUCCAAAUGAUAUUUUAAUUAGAUAAAGAGGUUUUAGAUGGAAACCAGGAUAAAAUACUUCUGUUGGAAAAGAUCAUACUAUUCAUUCUAAAGUUGAAGUAUUUUCAUUUUAUAAUUUAUUAUAAAGGGUAUUGUACAUUUCAGAAGAGAUCCAUAUAAAUUUAAGAAAAUAUUUUAUGUUGAUGUUAUUCCUAGAGAAAAUCCAAAUAGAACUCACUAUCCUCCACCACCAUACAGUUAUCAUCCAGAAUUGUUUCCUGAAUUGGCUAAGAAUAAUCCUGAACCACUUGUUUUAUUGAAAAAAAGCGAAGAAAAAGUGGAAUAGUAAAUAAAAUACUAUGGCUUUAAAAUUUCAGAAAAAUAAUAUAAACCUAUUGAAAUACCAGUUGAAUAUAAGCCAGAAUUUUCGAUUUCCACUUUGUAAUAACAGUUGAGUAUUAAUAAAUAGUGAUAAUAUAUUAAAAU